AACAGGAUAACAAGGAACAUUGUGUUUGCCAAAGAGCUGAGUUCUAAGCAUUGGAUGUAAAAACAACUGAACCUUGACUGGAAGAUUAAUCAUUGUUAUGGGUACUGUAUAAAACUAAGAGAUAUGGUAAAAUCAUUGUUAUGGGUACUGUAUAAAACCAAGUGAUACGGUGAAAUAAACUAGUCUAUUGCCAUGAGCCUUAGACUCACCUGGCCCGCUCUUUCCCCCCUCUCUAUUUUCUUCACUGACUACUCAUCAUGCCAAAUGCUGGCAUUUGGCGCCCGAACAGUGACACAAGGAGGAAGGAGUGACUCAGUGCCUUACACCACGGAUCUCCACUGAAUCACGAAGGGAGAUCCCGAUCUGACCUCACCCAGAACCUUAACCUUAGAAGCUCAGAGGGAACUUAAGACUGUGGAAGAAACAAUUAGCAGUGCCACUUUAGAUCGAAUACAUGAACAAGAAGACAUCCAGGCUGAAACGUUUGAAAAACUAGUGUGGAUUCUUGAAAAGAAUGUCCGAGCAUGUUCCUCAAUUGACCGAGAGGCUGAGCAGAAUGAGAUUCCAGAGGAAAAGGAAGAAACCCAGCAGAGCCACUUGAACUGAGAAGAUUUCAACAUGAGGGCAGAUAAAAGCACUCACAUCUCAGGCGAUGACAGUGGUAGAAAACACUAAACAAUUAAUGACACCUGAGAAUGUCUUUCUUGCCAUGUUGGCCUUUUUUAUCAGUGUAAGUUCCCCCGUGCGAGAGAGAACAAUAUUGGGCAUAUCUUCCCUAUCGGCCAUGGACAAGGCCUGUAACAUGGGAAGAUAGACUGGGAGAAAUAUAUACCAAUAAUUCCAGACUCAUGGGGGAUAUAAUUAUCCUUUUCUGUCUGAUAAUAUAAAUGCAGUAAUAAAUGUUAGCGUGCUAGCCACCCAUACUCCAAUAUGCUUUUAUAGAAAUGGCAAUGGCAAUUGUAUCGGACCAUGUCUACAACUCGAAACAGAGAAAACUUGGGUUCGUGUUAAAGAAUUGGGAAAUAUCAUAGAAGGAAACAGUGCCUCUGUUUAUGUGGAAAAACCUACGCCAAAAGGGGUUCCCACAAGGAACUUCACCCAAUAACCCCGAAUACCUCUCUGUGCCUUUGCGAGUCAUGUUUGGCCCGGCUCUAGCAAUAAGUCAUUAAUACCUGAAAAACCUAUCUUCCCCUUAUGGGAAUUAUGUCACCUCUCUUACCCUGAAGAGAUACAAUUAAAUAGUCACACAGAGCCAACAAAAUUGUGGAAUUGGGGUGGACAUGACAAUUCGACUCAUCAGGCACCCUUGAAGGGUUACACGGGAAGUUUUCCUGAAGAGGUAUUACAAUCUCCCACUUUAGUAGAAUUUCGAGGACUAUGGAGGGCCUUUUCGACCUUAGAUAGAAUUGAUCAUACUUACUUUGAAGCCCUCGUCCCACUAAACAUAGGCCCAGUAAAGAGUAAUUUGUCCUUCAUCACUGCAUGUGUAAGAACUCCUCAGCCGUUUAUAGUGGGUAAUAUAUCCAUGGUAAAUGAAAGUUGUUAUUGGAACAUAUGCUGUAUAAAUUGUACUCUGAAACAAUGUAUUGAUAUUACGGACAACGAUAAAAUUAUCAUGUUGGUGGAACAACCUGCAUUUGCAGUUUUUCCCACCAAUAUCUCCAAUGAAUGGUAUUCGUCAUCCAGCGAGCAUGCACUCCAGUUAAUAGCGCACGGCUUAAGUAGACAAAAGAGGCUUGUGGGUUUACUGGUCACCGGUCUCGUCACGUUAGCAUCACUAAUAAUAUCUACUACUGUGUCUACUAUAUCAUUGCAAACCGAGAUCCACACUGUGGGGUAUGUUAACGAGCUCGCCCAUAAUGUUACUCUGGUGUUUCAGGCCCAGGAACGAAUUGAUAGAGAUUUGCUAUAUAAAAUUAACUUACUUGACCAAUCAGUAUUAUAUUUGGGCACUGAGAUAGAAACUUUGAAGGAAAAGCUCUCGUUGCAGUGUGACUGUAGAUACUUGCAUGUCUGGGUUACUCCUGUGAAAUACAAUGCCUCGGAUGAAAAUUUAUCUUGGGAUAAAAUAAAGAAUCGGAUGCUGGGUGCAUGGCAUCAAUCUAAAAUCACAUUGGACAUGGAUCAAUUAAGAAAAAUAACUGAGGAAAUCGAGAAUAGUCCUCAUUUGAAUGAGCACCCUGAGGUUAUUGCCCGUCUUGUAUUAGAUUCAUUGAAACAACUUAACCCAUUUAAUUGGGUAUCCGUAGGAUUGCAUACCUUACCUUAUAUGUUUGUCUUCAUCGUGGUAUUAAUGAUGUUUCCUCUUAUUACUCGUUUUUUGGCAACCACUCUGAAAACCUCGCUAACUCAACUUUAUGAGCUUCGUCUAGUAAAUAAAAAAGGGAAGAUGUUGCAGGACUGGCGUGAGAAGCUAAGGGACUGGGCUUGUGUCCUAUCCCCUCUGGCCCACCUGAGCAAGGCUCAGGGCACGCCGGUCUAAGACAAACAUCUCUCCGGGACCUUGAACAGGAUAACAAGGAACAUUGUGUUUGCCAAAGAGCUGAGUUCUAAGCAUUGGAUGUAAAAACAACUGAACCUUGACUGGAAAAUUAAUCAUUGUUAUGGGUCCUGUAUAAAACCAAGAGAUAUGGUGAGAUCAUUGUUAUGGGUACUGUAUAAAACCAAGUGAUACGGUGAAAUAAACUAGUCUAUUGCCAUGAGCCUUAGA